AUGGCUCUUUCUUGGCUCUCUUUGAUCAUCCUUUUCAUUUCAUCCGCAUCUCCCGUUUGUGCACAGAAAUUCGAUUUUCCGAGGCUGAGUCUGCACCACGAGAAAGUCUUCCAAGAUCCCGACCGUAGGGUUCAAGUAUCGUUAAUCAGCCAUUUCAAAACUUUCUUUUUCCACCAAACGCUCGAUCACUUCAACUAUCGGCCCGAGAGCUACACCACCUUCAAACAAAGGUACUUGAUCAGCUCCAAGUAUUGGGGUGGUGCCAAUUCCAGCGCUCCGAUCUUCGUUUACCUCGGCGGCGAAGAGCCAAUCGACAACGACGUGAACGUGGUUGGGUUUCUGAAUGAGAACGCUGCUCAAUUCAAAGCUUUAGUAAUUUAUAUCGAGCAUCGGUACUAUGGUAAGUCAAUUCCACUUGGGAUGAGCUUUGAAGAAGCCCUCAAAGACCCAAAUGCUCGUGGAUACUUUAGCUCGUCCCAAGCUUUGGCCGACUACGCAGCGAUUAUCAGACACGUGAAGGAGAAACGAAAGGCCAAAGAUUGUCCGGUGAUCGUCGUGGGAGGAUCAUAUGCGGGAAUGCUUGCUUCGUGGUUCCGGCUAAAGUAUCCGCAUUUGGCCCUUGGAGCUCUGGCCUCAUCGGCUCCGAUACUGUACUUUGACGGCAUUACCCCACAGGGCGGAUUCUUUUCGGUAGUCACCAAGGACUUCAAGGAAGCUAGCAAGACUUGCUACCAAACCAUAAGAGACUCGUGGGCGGAGAUCGAUAGAGUUGCUUCUCAACCUGAUGGCCUCUCACGAUUAAGCAAAAUCUUCAAAACUUGUAGGCCUUUGGAGAGUGGGGAUGAACUGAAGAACUAUCUGAUAGAUGAGUACGUGAGAGCAGCUCAGUACGAUGUACCACCGACAUAUCCAGUGGAAGUAAUUUGUGGAGGCAUUGAUGGAGCAAAUGCUUCCAAAAACGGGAUUCUUGAAAAAAUAUUUGCAGGCGUCGUUGCCAUUUCUGGAAACUCCUCAUGCUACAUCGUUUCGCCCAAUGGCACUACCCCUUCUCAAACACAGUUGGGUUGGAGGUGGCAGAGAUGCAGCGAGAUGGUAAUGGGCGAUGAAGGCAUUACAAACAAUUCUAUGUUUCAACCAGAUCCUUUCAACAUGAGCAACUUCAUUGAUCACUGCAACCGAUCUUACGGCGUUGUGCCUCGGCCACAUUGGAUCACCACUUAUUAUGGCGGUCAUGACACAAAACAAGUUCUCCGUAGGUUCGGUAGCAACAUUAUUUUUUCAAAUGGACUUCGAGAUCCUUAUAGUAGUGGCGGGGUCCUCAAGAACAUUUCAGACACUAUCGUGGCUUUCCCUACACGAAAAGGGUCCCAUUGUUUGGACAUACUUUCAGCAUCGCAAGAUGAUCCAAGCUGGUUGGUCAGACAACGAAAAAAGGAGAUUGAGGUUAUAAAAGGGUGGAUCACCAAAUAUUAUGCCGAUCUACUUGCUCUUAAACAAUGA